AUGUUUAAAGAUACGGCUUCUUGGGUUACAGCGCAGUCGAGGUGGGGAAUCGAAGUGUCAUGUUUUUCUUUUGAACUUCAAAAGUUUUUCAAAUUAAAAAACCGGUAUUUCUAAAACAAGAUAAUAAAAUUAAUUCAGAAGUGUUGUCGACUUGGUGCACCCGAAUACUUCUAAUCUUCAUCCAUUGAUUCCGGUAGGAGCGGCGGCGGCAGUCACGAUGGGUCUCGGCUACUAUUUGACUUCGAAAACGAUCAACCCCAACGCGGUUACCUAUAACGGCGUCACCUAUUCGGGGAAUGUUCGCCCUCUCGUCGACCCUCUGAAACAGAGCCGAGUCUUGAAGGUUACUAAACUUUUUGCAUUUAAAUCGGAAUAGAAAUUUAGGAAAAAUGUAUUGGAAAGACAAAUUUUUAUCUAGAAACCGAGCUGACCUAAUAUAUAUAAUUUUUUGAAAUGAACAUCUGUCUUUUGUAGAGCAAAUGGAAAACUUUCAUAUAAAAUUAGAAUUGAACAAUGGAAAAAAAUCAAAGAAAAAAAUUUGUAGUCAAACUCAUCUCAGAGGUCGUUUAUAUAAAAAUUAAAACCGAGUAAAGUGAGUGAAUUUGAAGCGUAAGAGAGGAAAAAAAUUGUAUGCAUGAAAAACCUUUAUAAAAUUCAAAAAGUAGUUUAUGCUUUUUGAAAAGUUUUUACGCUCUUCGAAGAUGGUAAAAAUUGGCAUCAAAAGUAGUAUUUUUUUUUUUUUUGUUUGCUCUCGUUUUUUUCUCUGUUUUUGUAAUCACGAUGACGUCAAAGUCAUAGGCCUGUUUUGAAGUAGGAACUGUCUCCUUUUUUUUUUGAAAUUACUCAUUUAUGGGGUACGUUUUUCAUUAUUUCGAUUCUACUUUUUUCGAUCGAAAUCUGGAAUAAUUUCCGAAAUUUCAAUCGUGUAAAAAACAUAUGACUCAGGAUUCGAGUCGUGUUUCCGCUGUCCUUAAAGACGAAAACCUGCAGACGUAUCUCUUCGAAGAUGCGCGAACCCUCUAUCAGGUUUCAGUUUGAUUUCAUGCAAAGUCAACCCGAAAGGGGCAUUCAAGGGAGUGCGACGAGGUGCACGUCACUCAAACAAUGGGCCGAUGGUGGGAAAACGCGUCAAGCAAGCUGACGGUUCGAUUCCCUAUGUUUGGCACAGCUACAACGAGGUUACCAUUUCUGAUUGUUCUUCUUUCAUUUGCCAAAGUUUGUAGAUUAUCGAAAGAUCGAACAAUGUCUCUGUCGCCUUUCGCGUUUUGGGCAUUCCGACUGGUAACGACGUCAAUAUCGGCAUUUACUCCAAGAAUAGACCUGAGGUGAUUUAAAAAAAAAAUUUAACGAUAUAAUGUUGGCGGUAUGAAAAAAAUACCAGCGAAAAUUCAAGUGGCGACUUUUCCGAUUUUUUCGUAUCGCUAGGGAACUUUCCGACGGCCACCUUUCCGACGAAACUUUCUCCGACGUUUUUUUCGAUAAAAUAUUUGUUUUAAAUCUUCCUAUAUAAUGUAGGUAGUUGGUUCAUGAUUAAAAACACAAACAAAUAGGAAAAAAAUGUUUAUAGAUGUUUUAUAAACCGAAAAAAAGGUAAGGGAAAAAAAGUCGGAAAGGGGUUCGUCGGAAAGGUGGCCGUCGGAAAGUUCCCUAGCGAUAUGAAAAAAUCGGAAAAGUCGCCGGUUGAAUUUUCGCUGGUCUUUUUUUCAUACCACCAUAAUGUUAUUAGUUUCCAUGGUUUUGUGAUGCCGUGUUCAAAGUGAUUCCGCGAAAAGCAAAAUAGCCGUUAGAGAAAGAAAAAACAUAACUAAAUUUUGAAUAGUCAGAGACAAUUUUGCAUUUCUCGGAAAUUACUUUGAAAAAAAAGGCUUUCUAGAGUUAUAAAAACUUAAUAGGAGCUUUCGUAAAAGUCAAUAGUUCUAUUAUCAGUGGAUUAUCACUGAAUUGGCGACCUACAACUUUUCGAACGUCAUCGUGCCAAUCUACGAAACGCUUGGAAGCGAGGCGUCCGUGUUCAUUCUCAACCAGGCUGACAUCCAGAUUGUCGUCUGCGAUGAUAACAGCAAAGCCCUUGGUUAUUUUUUUGUCUCUUUUCCUUCCCAAUUAUCUAUGUUUUCAGGCUUGCUCAAGUUCAAAAGCCAAUGCCAUAAUUUGAAAACCCUUGUCGUUAUGGAAGACAUCAGCGAGGGGCUGAAAGCGGCUGCGGUUGAGCACGACGUCCAAGUGAUGACGUUCGAGGCGCUCGAAGAACUGGGCAAGACGGCGUCGGGACGGCCAGAACACGUGCCGCCGAAGCCCGAAGACUUGGCUACCAUUUGCUACACGUCGGGAACGACGGGAACGCCCAAGGGAGUCAUGCUGACCCACGGCAACAUUGUCGCUUGCGCCGUCUGCAUGGACCUAUUCAAGCACAGCGCCCUCACAUCUUCGGUCAGUGUUUGGCUCUGGUCGGGCAAUAUGUAGUCUUUUCAGUCUGAUUGAAGAUGGUACGAAAGAAAAAAAUUAAAGAAAUUUGCGAUAGCAAUAACUUCGCGCGCAAUUUUGCGGUUUUUAAAUUUGUUGCUUUUUUGCAAAAUUAUCUAAUUUUUCUCCGUAUCAUAUGAUUGAAUCUUGAGCAGCUAACCACGUACUUGUAGACACAGUAUUUUUUCGCGUCGAUUAUUUAUCGGACGCGACGAUGAACUUUUAAAAAAGAGAAAAAUCCUUUUACUUUUUUUUUUCAUCUAACAGCUUAAAAAUCAGGUUGCGAAUGACAUCUCAAAAACUCUUAUCUAACGAGAGAAAUGUAUGGGAUGAACAUUGCAGUUCUGGUCCAAACUUCCGUGGAAGGUAGUCCCAGGCGGGAGUUCUUGAAAACGAGAAUAAUUAUCUGCUGAGCGCUAUAGAGCACUGCAAACAAUCUAGUCGAAGAAAUGUUUUAAAAACUGUUUUCUAUUUAAUUUUCUCUUGUUUUGCGUGAUCGUCAAAUGAAUCUGUUCUAAGAUCGGAAACUCUGAAGGAGAAACAGAUUUCAAGCAUUUCCUCUCCAUUUUUGACCGUAUUUUUCCGGUAUCCUAUGCCACUUAGCACAUAAUCUUUUUUUUUCGUAAUCAUAGUAAUCAUUCCCAUGACUUCCAAUUAUAGACAUUUGAACCAAAUCUGCGAUUUCUCCUUCAGACACUUUCCUAAUGUGGAAAAUUGACUUUUUUUUUAAUUUUUGAAAUAAAUUGGAUUUUUUCCAAAAUAAGCUGCACAUUAUCUCAUUUUGUGCUGUUAAGAUUUUUUUAAAUAUUCAAUGAUAGUUUGUUUUCUGUGGGAAAUAAGCGUGUUCAGGAUUCGAUGAUCAGUUUCUUGCCGUUGGCUCACAUGCUCGAGCGCCUCAUCGAGAGCGUCUGCUUUUGCGUCGGCGCUCGUGUCGGCUUUUAUCGGUAUUUUUUAGUUGAAUAACUGUUUGAAAAAAUUAGAGUAUACGAAAAAGAACUCCGAAAAUCGAGCCGUCACGCUGUUUGAGAUAAACGAGCCAGAGGAAAAUGGUCUAAUGAAAAAAUUGGCAGAGAAAAAUCAGCUGACAAGAAAAAAAAAAGAAACAAGCGGCGAAAAUUUCUUCCGAUUCCGGUCGUAGCAGAAAUCAAACAAAUCUUUUCUGCACGAAAAACACAAAAAAAUGUAAAAAAAUAAAAUAAAAUUCUUUAGCGCGUCAUCAGGGGAGUGCAAUAUGUACUGAACAAUUUUGUCAACGGUCGGCGAAAUUUUCGCAGCUCACGUAUCGCUGGCCUUUUCUCAGAUCAUUUUGUUAGCUCGAUUUCAUAGCUCUUUAUGACGUACACCCAAAAAAAAAAAAAUAAAAUAAAAAGAUGAAAAUUUUGAAAAGCUCGAAUUAAAAUUCAUAAACACCAACAUUUAAGUGGCGACAUUCGACUGUUGGCUGAGGACAUCAAGGAGCUGCGACCUACUGUUGUUCCGGUGGUACCUCGAGUCCUGAACCGGCUCUACGACAAAGUGAUGUCGGAAGUGAACAAAUCGACAAUCAAAAAGUUGCUCUUCGAUUUGGCCAUUGCCUACAAAAGUCGAGAAAUGUCUAAGUAAGUGUUGAGAUAUUUUUUUCUAAUAUAAAAUUUGAAUAUCAUUUAAAUUAUUAGAAUAAAAAAAUUUUUCAUUUUACAGUUUCGUCGUUAGGAACGACGGUUUCUUCGACAAUCUCGUGUUUAAAAAAAUUCGCGAAGGCAUGGGAGGUGGACAUUUCAUUUGUGGAACAGAGAGUUUGAUAAGUUUGAUUUCUCAGGUCGGGUUCGCCUGAUGUUCACAGGAUCGGCGCCAAUUUCGGCCAACGUUCUGACUUUUGUUCGCGCUGCGAUGGGAUGUGUUGUGGUCGAAGGUUAUGGGCAGACGGAGUGCGUCGCCGCCUGCACGGUGAGUAUUCGUUUCUUUUGGACGCUAUUAAAAGCUAUUUUAUCGGGUAACCGUUCACGCUUUUACAUGGGAUGAAUAUUGGACGGCGUUCAAAUCGUUAUAAUUCAUGAGAAAGUAGUUUCAGACGGACUAUUUAAAAGACAUAGUAUUAAAGUACAAAUUUUGAAGUAUUUAAACUUUUUGGCUUGCGAAAAAGGACCGCUCAAAAAACGCCUUGUCAAAAGGAUGUUUGACAUCGUCCAAGUUAGUAAGGUGAUCUCUGACAGACUAGAGGCUGUCAUCGUCUCCGAAGAAGGUAAAAUCAAAAAACGUUUCGCAUGCUUUUCCAUUGAUAUUUUUUUUUUCAAACUAGCUAAAAAAAAUUUUUUUUUCUGAAACUUUUUUGACUUUAAUAAACGAAAUUUCUAAUAAUGACCCCUGUAAUGCGGAACGGACCGAAAAUAAGGAGAAAAUUAGGGCGAAUGAACAAAAGAAAAUCGAACCAGCAAUGGCAGAUUGAACUUCAAUCAUUGAAGGUAGAUUUUUUUUUGCAGGUUUCGAUGGAGGGAGACUCUCUUGCAGGACACGUCGGAAUGGUUAUCCCAUCUUGCCGCAUUAAGCUCGUCGAUGUUGCCGAACUCGGCUACUUUUCGAAGAAUGACGCUGGAGAGGUUUGAAAUUGAAAAGGAUGUCUCAUGGCACUCACAAACAAUAAAUUGAACGCGGGGGUGACUUGUUGCGCUCGCGACACGUCUCUCAACUGGAAUUAAAAAAAGUGGCUUCAGAAAACGUGAGAAACAAACAAUAUGCAGCUUUAAUAUAGAUAUCAUUCACUAACUCCAAGGGCUAUCAUUUGUAAACAAUUGACCGAAAAGCUAUCUAAAAGAGAAAAAAUAAUCAGAAAGAAGCCGGCUCUCGUUUUAAUUUGCAUUCCCCGACAAGAGCGCGUCGCGACCGCAACGGGCUAGCCCUGCAACUGCCUCUAUCACCUGCAAAGUCGGGAAAAAACACUUCGGAAGUGCCACCUAAUGCAGUAGCUCCUCUGUUGUCUUAAACCAAAGUUCGAAAAGAAGUAAAAUCAUUUGAACUGAUGGGUUUGCAGAGAGCUUCCAUGAAAAAUUUUAGGUUUGCGUGAAAGGACCGACCGUGUUCCGAGGCUACUACAAAAACCCGGAGAUGACGGCGGAGACUAUGGAUGAAGACGGUUGGCUUCACACUGGGGACAUUGCUCGUUGGACGCCGGAAGGAACGCUGAAAAUCGUCGACCGAAAGAAGCAUAUCUUUAAGCUCGCUCAGGUAAUUCAUACCACGGAGGAGCAUAGACAGCGAAAGAUCUCAAAAUUUUUCGUUUUAAUUUUUUGAAGUUGAAAGUUGAAUAAGGAGAAAGAGAGAGACAGAUUUUUUUGAUUUUAAAAAACUCGGUUAGCUGUAGUUUCACCUCGGGUUCAUUUCCUAAGACCGUCUGCAAGAAAAUGGUGAAAGCAUUUACCGAAUUCAAAAAAAAAUGGUUAGUGGCUCGGGCUCUCUUUUUAGAAGAUGAAAGGAGUUUUCUCUUUUGAGGAGCCUCUCAUAAAAAUCUUUCGUGAAGGGCUGCAAACACUCCUAAAAUAAUGAGCGACGUUAGGCAGUUACCUUUUUGGUAAACCGUUGACCGAUUUCUUGCGUACGGCCUCUUGUCUCCCCACAUGUCAAAAUUAUGAACAAAAGGAUAAAAGCUUUCGGCUAGGCUAAUUCUUUGAAAAAAUUUCACCGAAUGUUUUUUUUUCCAAAAAAAAACUUUUGCAAUGCGAAUGGCCUCGAUUCAAGUUUAUUUUCAUUUUUUUUUCUCCCAAUACAUGACAAAAUUUGCAGGGCGAAUAUGUGGCUCCCGAGAAGAUUGAAAGUAUCUACGUACGGUCGCGUUUCGUCGCUCAAUCUUUCGUCUACGGCGAGUCUUUGAAGACAUGUCUGAUCGCUGUCGUCGUUCCUGACAGUGAGGUUGUUGUAGUCAAAUUAUAAUUAUCAAGUCAACCGUAUCCGAUUUUUGUAGGUGCUGAUUCCGGUGGCUGAGAAGGAGUUGGGCCUCACGGGAACUAUUGAAGAGCUCUGCCGCAAUCCGCAAAUCAAGAAGCUCGUUCUCGAUGACAUGCUCGCUGUCGGAAAAGCGGCCGGCCUUUUCAGCUUUGAACAAGUUCGUUUUCCUGCUCUGCGGGAAGUAAAAAUGUUUUUUUCUGGACGAAAAGAAAUAACAAGGAAAAGAAAACAUAUCGAGGAUCGAUAAUUUGAUGCAAUUUACCGGAAAUUUACUUCAAGACCUUAUUACACAUCAGUCGGACUUGCAUGUACAACUCUUUUCGGUUUGGCUAGGGAACUACUCAAACUCAGAAUCGAGUUGAAACUUUGGUGGCUGAUAGAUCCGAUGAGACACAUUUAGACAUUCAUAUAUUCAUUCACUCCGCGUUAAAGUUUAUCUGCGGAGUGAUGGAAUAAUUGAAGUUUUUUGUCCGUUCGCGAAACUGUCGUCGAACAAGAACACCGCGUAGAUCAUCUAUCUCAUGUUGGGUCGAUCUUCAAUUAGAAGGUCCCGAGGUAUCUCCUUCCAGCAAAGUUGCAUCAAAUUCCCAACUUUACAUCCUUUUAAUAUGCUUGUUAAGCAAGCAAAUUGAUGAAACUACCAGGAAAGAUAGGCGAAAAAAAAAUGAGAAAAAAGUCAGCGAAGUGCUAGCAGCGUGAAAUUUGCCAACCGUUGGCUCAUUGCGAAUAACUGCCCGGCGCGAGAGAAAGGCGAGGUCGUUGGCGGUACACGAGCUCGCAAUAUGCCGCUUGUGGCAGUCUCGCAUUUUUCUUGCCGCCACCUAGCUUUUAUCUCGCAUUUUGAACAGCUUUAAUGUGAGGUAACGCCGAGAAAAAACGCAAGGUCGCGUCAAGGAAAAUGCGAGAUCAGCGCGUUCGUGAAUGUACGUCAAGCGGCCUCAUCAUGCUUUUCUUUAAAAUUGAGGCAGCUCGAUGUUCGCCGCUCUUUUGAAAUGUACUCGCUGGCCGAUGCGAAAAUGUUACUUCAUUAUAAUUUCAAAAAAUAGUGCAAAAUCAGCUUGAUUUUAAGGUGAGGGACAUUCAUCUGUCGCCAGAGAUGUUUUCGGUCGAAAACGACCUGCUGACGCCGACGCUCAAGAGCAAGAGGCCGAAGCUCAAGAAUCACUUUGGCGAGCAGUUGGCCAGCAUGUAUUCGCGGCUAGAUUAG